AUGUCGAUCACCUCACCCCAUUAUUGUCAUCAAGCAUCCCUCGAGGGAGCGAUGAAUUCGCUCGCAUUAACUCCGCCACUCAGCCUCGAACAACGACAAGAUUUAACGCGUGUGUUUACUACAGUCAUCGACGCAUGCGAACCGUUGCAAAACCCGAAGCCAUACAAACCGAUCACUCUCGUACGACUCACCUACGAAUGCGCGCGAUCUGAAGCAUCCAGAGACAACUUUCUGCGUUUCUUCUUCCAACAAACAAAGAUCUCGAGUGAUGGUUCGCCCUCGGGAUCGAUCCCUACGUCCGAAUAUGUACCAAGAUUGAUGGCUUUUGCACAGACACUUUUUGACAAUUUCUUCCUUCCCUUGAAAGCUGCGGCGAGAAAGACCCCUCAGCCUUCGCCUGCGGCCCUUUCCGAUGAUGAGUCGAAACAGCUAGCGCUGGCAAUUUUGAACAUGUUCGACGAUGGCGUGGUACAUCUGAUUGAAAGCAUUGACAUUGACCGCCCGCGCAAUGCGAUCACGUUGACUCAUGAUCUCCACCACUUUUUCGGCCGGUUCGAGGCCUACUUUGAGCCCACAGGUAACGAACCACAUACCUAUCGCGUCGACUCUACCAGGACUGGCAUUCUACGCCACCGUGUUUUCCCUGUCGAUCGUACACUUUUCUUGACCGACACCCGAACGAUUGAUCCUCCUUCUCCACGAUUACUUGCUAUCCAUUCGGCCAUUGCACAUAUACUUCACAGGAGCGCGGCGGGCCGCUACAUUGAUAGUAUCCUCGAGGACCUUGACCAGGGAGAAAUCUCGGUGGAUGGGUCAACCCCGUUAGGCCAUUUUACUGCUUUACGGAUUCAUGGCUGGUGGGAUGGGCGGAUUCGUGCCUAUUGA